UGUGACUGUUAAGGUAUAUAUGAUGUUUCUGAACGGUUUUCCAGUGUCAACUCAAAAUGGACCAUCCCCACAACAGCCUGAACAGCAGAAAAGGAUUGAGCAACAAAAGCCGGAACAGCAGGAGAAAGAGCCCAUAGGGUCAGAUGCCCCUACCUGCUUUGUAUCACCAGGUGCUCCUCCACCACCUCCACCACCACCACCUCCUCCUUCUGCUGGGCCUUGCCCACCAGCACCUCCUCCCCCUCCCUCUGGUGGUGCGGUCCCACCUGCACCACCACCACCCCCUGCUGGAGGAAGUGGAAAAGUUGGAGGACAAGGAGGCAGCACAGAUCUUGCAGCUGCUCUUGCAGGAGCUAAAUUGCGGAAAACUGUGAAGGAUGAUGGGGCAGCACCAGCUUCCAAACCAUCAUCAUCAUCUGGUGGGGGCGGAGGAGGUAACCUAAUGGGGGAAAUGAGUGCAAUUUUGGCAAGGAGGCGGAAAGCUGCUGAUAAACCUGUGGCAGCAGUCAAAGAACCUGGAAAUGGAGAACUUUCCCCCACAGUUUCAAAACUUCCUGGAUCAGGAGAAACCAACAUGCCAAAAGAAAAAUCAGUUUCAACACCAAGGCCAAAAAGCUUAACUGCUACCCAAAAUGACCCGAUUUCCAGCUCCAUCCCAUCUGCCCCCUCUAACCCUACCCAGGGUCCAGGGUCCAGGCUAAAAGUGGCGACGAAAAACUCUGAUUGUGCAGAAGGUGAUGGUGAUAUCGCACGUAUCAAACAGGAGAUCAUAGAGGAGGUGAAAAAAGAACUUCAGCAAAUGAAGGAAGAAAUUAUCAAAGCCUUGAUCCAGGAGCUCCAAAGAUGAACGGUGAACAUUAAGGAAUCCUGGGAGGCCGAAGAACAUAAUGAAGAGAUCUGAAUUUCAAAACCAUUCCCAAGCCUGAUACCCACUGCACUGUUUUUCUGCAUUAAAUAUAUAAAAUGUCA